CUGGGUGGCAUUGCGACUUCUGCUCGUGUUCUUUUUUCCCCCUGGGGGUCCUGCUGUUAUUUGUUUGUGACCGAUCUAAACACACUCGUCUCCCAUUCAGGAAUCCAGGCAGCAAAAGCGCAGCAAAGAGGGCAGGUGGGGAGCAAAGCUUACCAAAAAAAUAAGCACCUACCGGUAGCUCUAGCAUGCAAGGCGGCAAGUGGGAAGCUUGCUGUUUCUACCAACUAGUCUACAAGUAUACUUCUUUGACACCAUGAAGUUACUGCCACCAGUGUGGACUGCUUUGACCGGCAUGGCCCUACUACGAGUAGUGGCCUCCGCUGAGUAUGCCGGGGAUAAUGACAACAACAACAUGGAGCGGAGCUACUUGAGCUCGCUCGUUGCCUUGGACCGGGUGACGGGCAAUGUUACUCAACGGGGUAAUUUGGACGUUGUGCACUAUCACGAUGACAAAGACGGUGUUCUACAAGAAGAAGAAGAGGUACCAAUCUGCCGCAUGGACUACAUGGUGGGAUUGUCGGCUGUAAUUCAGAAACGACGUGUUCCGAUCAAUAGUGUGGACCAAGUGGAGGGAGCUGCGGCGGUGGCGCUGGCAUGCGAGCAUUUGAACACGGGAGAUGGCUCUGUCGUCGCAGAAGUGGAGGGCCUGAAUAAGCGUUGCAAUAUCAAGUUCCAGUUCCAAGCUCUGGAUUCCUUUUUGUCUCCAAAACUGGCUGCGGAUCAGGUGAUUGACCUGACGUCGAGAAGUAAUAGUCGACAACCAUGCAUCUUUCUAGGGAACAUCCAAUCCAAAGUCACACUAUCGACGGCCAUGAUCACCGGCAUGCGAGGCUAUCCACAAAUUGGUUAUUCCACGGCCACGGAACUGGAGGACCGGACCAUGUUUCCCUUGGCUGCUAGAAUCCUUCCUUCCCUGGGUAUUAAUGCGGAAAUUCUCGUACGCUAUCUACGAGAACAACUCAACGUGAAACAUUUGGCGGUGCUACACACGGAUACCCGAGAGAGUCAGUCCUACUCGGUGGCAUUGCAACAAGCCGCGGCCACUCUGGCGCCGGACUUGGACCUGGUGUCACUGGAUAUUCCGGAUCAGUUGACAUCUCCAGAAAUACUCCAACGGGCCGUCACAAAACUCAAGGAAACCAAUUUCACAUACUUUUUUGGUGCCAUCCGGGGCGGCCAUUGGGCGGCGCUCUGGAACGAAACAUUGGCUCAAGGCAUUGCUGGAACAGGAAGACAUACUUGGAUUUAUCCUGCUGGUGACGAGUACUUCAAAAGUCUCGUCGUUCCCCGGGACUCUCCACAAGCCAAGGUCAUCCCUGGAACACUCUUGGUUCGCUUGACGGGGUAUUCCAAACAACCCGUCUUUGACCGACUGGUCGAUGCCACAAGACAAAUGGCAAACAGCAAGUCGGAUCGUGACUAUAUCCUCAGCAAGCUACCCGUCUAUCCCGAUGUUAUUGCUCAGAAUCGCUCCAACAUUUUUGCUCCCAUCAUUUACAAUCCCCAAUUUCUACAACGGGCACCCACGUCGACCAGCAUGCUUACGUGGGCCUAUGAUUCGGCCAUUGCGGCGGGACUCGCUGCCUGCAAUGCUACCACAAAAGACGACAACACUCUUCAAGGCAUGGACCAUUUCCAAGCCGUCACCCGAACCAAGUUUCAGGGAGCCACGGGCAACGUUAGCUUUGACCCCACAACGGGAACCCGUCAAAACUCGCGGUAUCGCAUCAUCAAUAUUCAACUGGAUCACAAUCGAUCCAAUGACACUCAUGUGGCAUUCCAAGAUGUCACAACUUCUAUUAUCGUCGACAAUGAAUUCAUUGACUUGGAACGACCCAUCUUUGGUGAUGGAACAUCCAACAUACCACUCGAUUUGCCACCCGUGUCUAUCGAACACAAUUACUUGUCCGUUGGACUCCAAGCUGUCGGAUGGACCAUGUCUGCUAUUGUUGUGGUGUUGGCAGUCUCUGCGAGUGGCUGGGUGCUGAUUCACGGCAAGGAACGUGUGAUUCUUGCAGCACAACCAAUCUUUCUACACGUCGUCUUUUCUGGAGUCGCGAUUCUGGGUCUCUCCAUUGUGCCUCUGAGCAUCGACGAAGGAACCGCACGGACAAUCGAAGGGUGUAACGGGGCUUGUCAGUCCUUUCCUUGGUUCCUUUCAGUCGGAUUUUCCCUCAUCUUCAGCGCUUUGUCCGCAAAGACUCAUCGUGUGAAUCGAAUCAUGCAGAAUGCCGGCUUUCGACGGGUGAUCGUUUCUUCUUGGGACGUCGCCAAGCCCAUGUUUGUGGUUCUUGCAGCAAAUGUUUUGGUUCUCUCGCUUUGGACAGCCCUUUCUCCAUUGCAAUGCGAAACGGAGGUGUUGGCCAUGGACCCAUUUGGUCGACCGAUCGAGACCACGGGAUUUUGCACUUCAGAUGAUUCCCUGGCCUAUUGGAUCACCCUGGGUGUGAUCAAUCUUGGUCCUUUGGUCUUUUCGUGUUACGAAGCCUACCAAGCACGAGACAUUUCUACGGAGUACUCUGAAACCGACUAUAUCUUCAAGGCACUGAUUGUCAUGUGCUUGGUUGGCUCCAUCGGGAUUCCCAUCCUCAUUAUUGCCCACGAUAAUCCAUCAGCCUACUUCUUUGUGCUGAGUUCGAUUACUUUUGUGGUGUGCAUGUCGCUGCUGAUCUUGAUUUUGGGCCCCAAAGUCGUUGCUUUUUAUGACUUGCAAAUGUGCAGUGGCGGUAAGACUUUACCCCUUCGGUUUUCAAGAUCUCGAAGGGGCUCCUGUGCGUUUGGCAGCAGCAGCGCGGCGAAACAAAGUAGCGUGCAGAGUUUCAGUGAUGGCAGUGCUGCCAAUGUGUCGGGCAUGCUGAUUUUGAAGCACCCCAAGACAGCCGAGUCAUUGGCACACAAAAACAUGUUACUCAGAGUGCAGAACGAGGAAUUGAAGAAAGAAUUGAAAAAGUCCUCGGCAGAAACUCCAGAGCUGCUCGAGGAAUCGGAAGAACCACUGGAAGUUAAUCAAGAGGUCCCAUUGCCAGAAGGAGCUCCAGUUGUUGAAGAAGACGGGCUGCUGGAGGCCUAUAAAAGGCUGCAAGAAGCAAACAAAGGGCUUCAAAAAGAAAACAGAGGGCUACAAGAAGAAAACAAGGGACUUUUAGAAGAGAAUGAGGAAUUGAAGAAAUUUAUCCCGACCCAUCACACCGAAGACGACGACACUGCCUCAGCGUGAAGAUGCUACGAACGUUUACCGGUACCAACACACCGAAACAUCGUGGAGCUAUCAAAACCUUUCCAAAGAAGAACAAAUCAGCAGCACCGAGCUGCACCGGAGAGGGUUCAUCGUGGUCUAUCUAGUUUUCAGGGACUGAUUUGCUGGUGCAAUGGGAACCGAAGCAGCUGGCGUUGGCACAAUUGCGGCUCUAGCAGCAUGGGCUGCUUCUGUCGUGCAAGGAGCAGUAGUGCUCAUACUAAAGAUUCAAAGCAGUGCCUGCGAACCAAAACUAGCUAGGCUAGCUAGACUGCCUCUGGAGGCCCAUAGUUUUGCUUGAUCAAAUGCCUCCUUUACGGUAGAUGCUCUGCAGAGUCUGCUAUGAUGAAACCUCUUCCUACAAGAAUAACCGUGCUGAAUGUCUCGGCGAGUGCGGCUUUUGUUCGUCGGGAGUGCACCAUGGUGUCGAACCACGGUGGCACAAACAUUCCAACUAAACCAGGUACCAGUAGCCAGCUAAUCAAAAGGCUGAAAAGCAGCUAAAAGUAGACUACUACCACUGCCGGAACGAUCGAAGAUCACCCCAACCUGGGAAGCAGAGUGACACACCAUACCCGACCUCAUGGAUGCAUUGCUUCGCGGGAAGAAAACAACCAUAAUGUUUUCGUACCUGCUCUUUUUAAUAAAACAUGAGCUCACCAUAUCCAAACAACGGGCUUUGACGGCCAGAACAUUUCACGGGGGCUCUGGUGGUUGUUGAAAGUCGGUCGGAGCUAAUAGCGGCGCAAAUGCAUCCGACACAGGACGGCCACCACCACGACGAAACCCCGGUCCGCAUAUUCUGUCGUCCAUUGGAUCUUCCCAUUGUGCAACCUGACGCCAAAGGUCACUAAUGACCAGGAAACUGCCCUUGUCAUGUUCCCUCAAUUGGCCCCUUGUAAAGGGAUAGAAUUUGUUGCAUGGAGGACAACGGUGCUGUCCCUUUCGUCUUCGACGAUCCUUGGAGAUGAAGCAUUCUCGUAAGCGUCGCAGGAAGCGUUCCCACCAGCUCAUUUUUUCAUUCGUUUCUGCGGCAGAAGCAGCGACGACAAGCUGUCGCCUUGGAAUACCCUUAUCGUCCUCCAUGUCCUGCUGCACUUGUCGUUUCUGUACUCGUUCCAAGACGACGGGAUGCCGAAAGGGAGGGCUGCAAGCGUCCAUUCCGGCAUGACCGCCAACCUUGUCGAGAUGGUGAUAGGUAUCUGACAAGUAUGCGACGGACAUUUCGGACCAAAACUCCUUGUAGUCUACCAUGGCGUAGGCAAUAUCCGUGUCACAGUCAGUUCCCGCCCAAUCUCGCCGCAGAGCCUUGUCAUACAGUCCGGACUCUCGAGCCUUGCAGUAGGCUUGCCAGAGUUGUGUGUUCCCCAGACCAUUGGGCAAUGCAAAUUGGUGUAUCAAAUGACAGAAUUCGUGGCAAAUGAGACCAGCACCAUUCCAAUGCAGUCUCAUUUGUAAGUAUUCCCAGCAGUCGUAUAUUUCAAUGCUGUGCAUUUUAUCGGGUCGGUCUCUGGCCCUGCAGCAGUACGGUAUGGGAUUGAGAAGGACAAGUGAGAAACAGUGGCUUUUUCUACCAUUCAAUUCAGAUUCCUCGUGCUAGCUAGCUAGUUUUAGGUUAUGAAACGACAACCAAUGAAAUCCGAAAGUUUUCCCAAGGAACGUACCAAUUCAACCACCAGACAGCAUGAUGUGCCGUGGUGUGUUUCAAAAGACGUGGAUUGUCUCUCUGACCAUAGCUGUAGGUGAGGUUGAUCCAUAUUCUGGUCCGCUUGAUGAAUGCAUGGACCGACGAGGGGAAGAGCUCCAGGCAUUGCUUGAUAUCUUCGUUCAGCGCUUUCAAUACGGAACGACAGAGAAUGAGUACAUUUGUCCGACACAUGGCCACGACUCCACAUCGAAGCUUGAUGGGAACAUAAUUGAUCCGCGAGUUGUCGAUCAUCUGAGCAUGAUUGUAGUCUGGAGCGCUCGACAUGACCUUGAUGUCCACAGGCAUGAACGAGACCGUGUCACUCACUACAGUGCUGUCGCCGUCAAUAUGCUCGCUGACAACAUAAUCUUUGUCAUCUUCGACAGGAGUUUUGUCGGAAGAAGAAGGAAUGGGUGGAAUCUUCGCUCCAGCAUCGCUGACCAUUGUUCUCGAAUGAUAGGGUUUGAUCCUACCGUAUCCAAUCAAAGCCAGUACCUGUCUCAGCUACACCACCAAAUGCAAUCAACAGAGAGUGUCAAAGAAGAGAGUUGUGUUGGUCUCUCCAUGUACUCUCGAUCAGACUCCCUCCUCUUGUUGUUUCCGUCCUGCUGCCGUCGUCGCGAUGUGGCAUAUGUUGCAUGUGGCGACUGUGAUCACUCAACCUCCUUGCUCUCGAUCGAUGAUUCGAAUCGAAUCCAAUCAUUCGAAUUGAUCGAAUUGUGAAGUCACUCAAGAUCUCUUUGAGACUGUCGGUGGAUCGACAGCAACUAAAGGCUCUACGAUUGUAUUCUCACCCUCAGCUUGAGCUUGGUGGGCUUCGUGAUAUCGCCUCGCAUCAGUGCAUGCUCAUGGUCUAGAAGGGGAAAAACUAACUUGUUUCUUAUAAGAUUCAGUGGUACGGUACAUGUAACAGUGGGCAUUUCAAGGUGAAUUAUCAUCGUCGUCAUCAUCAAGCAGACCUUCCGAAGCCAAGAAGAGGUCACGACGCAAUGGUACAAGUGUGGGACUACCACCACCUGGAGGCGCUGGUGGAAGGGUUAAUGGUAGAAGUGUGGGACUACCACCACCUGGAG